UUCUUAAUAGAUCGUUGAGGUCAAGGAAAGGGACACCAAGACCAACAUGUGUCUCUCUAGACUCCAUAAAAUCUAACUUAACACACUCCCUUCCUUGCUGCAAGACCAUAUGGUACAGCGCAGUAGAUUUUCAACAUGUCCUGCAAAGAUAAAAUGUACCUUGGAUCCUCCUAGCUCAGGAUUGAUUCAUGUAUGCCUAGAGCUACAAAUGUCUAGUUCUAAAAACUUGAUCUUGAAGGUAUCAAGGAUGGUAUAGUGCUAGACAAGUGCGCUUGCCUCUCACCUCUGGGGUCUCAGGUUCCAUUCCUGGACUUGGCAUCACAUCGAGGACAGGUCGCCGUUCCUUCAAGAGCUAGCAUCUCAACAUCGAGCAAGUCGUUUAAAAUGUAUGGAUUUGUGAAUCACGCUUUAGAGCUUCUUGUAGUUCGGAAUUUCGGAGAAGACAAAUGGAAGGAAAUCAAGCGCAAAGCAGAACUGAAUAUCGAGGGUCACUUUUUACUGAGGAUUGUCUAUGAAGAUGAGCUGACCUAUGGAUUGGUAGGUGCUGCCAGUGAGAUUUUAGGGAUAGAGCCAAGUGCGAUUUUAGAGAAGUUUGGAGAGAUGUUUUUCGAUUUUUGCCAAGAAUCUGGAUACGAUCGAAUUCUACAAGUCCUUGGAGGAACGCUUCGUGAUUUCAUUUGCAACUUGGAUGCUCUUCAUGACCACCUGGCUGCCAUCUAUCCAGGAAUGAGAGCGCCUUCGUUUCGCGUUUCUGAUCGUGAAUCUGAUGGCGCUCUUAUCUUACACUACUAUUCUGAAAGGGAUGGACUCGAGCCCAUUGUUGUCGGUAUCGUUAAAACCGUUGCUCGUAAGCUUUUGGAUACGGAAAUAAGCGUCGAGAUAUUUAAGCGAAAGGAACACGAUGGGGAUCAUGUACAGUUCGUUAUCAAAGAGAUUGACCAACGCGGCAGUCAAUGCCCAUUGCAAGUGAAGCCGUUUGACCCUAUAAGGGAUUCCUUCCAUUUAUCUAAUGAACCCAAAAUAUCGCCAGCCACGUUUUGUAACUCGUUCCCGUUUCAUUUAAUGUUUGAUAGAGAUCUUAGAAUUACUCAAGCGGGAUCAUCUGUCAUCCGCAUUGUUGUUGGAUUAAACGCCGACAAUGAAGCAAAUAUGACUGAAAUUUUUGAACUUUUUCGACCGCAGAUGGCCUUUAAUUUUGACACUAUCUUAGCUCAUAUCAACACUGUGUUUGUACUAAAAACACGCGAGGGCAAAAUCAUUCCUCCUGAGGAUAGUAAACUUGAGCAAGGAGAAAUGAAGACUUGCAGCGUUUGUGGUGAUGCAUUGUCACUGCGUCUGAAAGGGCAAAUGAUUUACAUAGCAGAAUCUGAGAGCAUGCUUUUCUUAUGCUCUCCAAGCGUAGGGGAUUUAGAUGACUUGAGAGAUCUAGGACUGUACUUGAGUGACAUCCCUUUACAUGAUGCCACUAAAGACUUGAUACUUCUAUCAGAGCAGUUCAAAGCUGAAUAUGUUCUAACCCAACAACUGGAGAUUUUGACUGACAAACUGCAGCAAACCCACAAGGCACUGGAAGAAAAGAAGCAACUAACAGAUCAAUUGCUUUACUCUGUUCUUCCCCCUUCUGUGGCAAAUGAGCUACGACACAAGAGGCCUGUAAAUGCAGAGAAGGUGGAGAUGGUCACGCUACUUUUUAGUGGCAUAGUUGACUUUGCAACAGUUUGCAAAAACUCGGAGCCCAUGGAAAUCGUAUUGCUUCUUAGUAAUAUUUACUCUAAUUUUGACAGGCUAACUGAUCCAGAAAUAAAUGAUGUAUAUAAGGUGGAGACAGUGGGAGACAAGUAUAUGGCAGUAAGUGGCCUUCCAGAAAAAUGCAACUGGCAUGCUCGUAGCGUUUGUAACAUGGCAUUGGAUAUGCUGUUUGUUGUCCAAGAUAUGAAGCACAAAGGAGAGAAACUUGAGAUAAGGAUUGGCAUUCACUCUGGGGAAGUUGUGGCUGGUGUAGUAGGUCACAAGACUCCUCGGUACUGUUUAUUUGGUAACACUGUCAAUUUGACCAGUAGAACUGAAACUACAGGUGCACCUAAUAAAGUGAAUAUUACAGAGUUUACCUACAGGUGCCUCCAAGAGCCUGUGAACAAUGACCCUAGUUUUGUAUUUGAAAAGCGCGGUCCAGUACAUAURAAAGGGCGAACAGAACCAAUGAUAACAUUCUUCCUCUCAAGAGAUCCAAAGUUUCUCUCAGAAUCAUAUAUUAAUCGCCUUAAUGGAAAGAAUUCGCCCCAAUGGUGUGGCAACUCUAAUGGCAUAUCYCCGGCCCCAGAGCCACUGCCACAACAGCCCCAAGGUGUUCCUGCCAUGUGCCCUUUUUCAAACCUUCAAACUCCAAAGCGCUCCAAAAUCGUCACUCAAGUAUAACUAGUUUCUCAAGAAAUAUUUAUGGUCACAGAAAUCAUAUCCAUUGUCUAAUUUUAAUCUAGUUUGUAAUAUUUGCCUGCUUGUCUUCAUGGCACUCGUAGCCGUUUAUGCCAAGCCGGGUAAUCACACGGGCAGCUCAAGAAUAACUUAUUUUCCAGUAUAGCUAACUAUGCUUCUAGGCACGCCUGCCAAAAUCCAUGGAACCAAAGUAACCAUUAAUAACUUGUCUGCAAGCUUACUAGCCUGCGUAGCGGCUUGCAGUAUGCGGUUUGCAUGCUGAGGGCAUAUAGUGGAGUUGCUACACUGGUUACAAUUCUCUCGAUCUACUGAUAUGUCAAUACAUUAUUUGUUACUAUUCGUUGACAAAUUAAUUAGAUUUAAUGAUACCUGCCAUAAUUGAGCUUGAACUUAUAAUGUCCAUGCAUAAAGCAUCGUCAUAGGUAGGGAAAUAUUUUUAUAUAACUAAAGCGGGGCUUGUCCGCGUCUGAUUAUACAUUUUUAUAGAAAUUGGGAAGAGAGCGACGGCUUAAGCUACGGACGCACAGUGCAACGUUACGCCGACAUUACAUUGCAAGCAACCGAUGUUUCGAGCCAUGUCACGCGCAACGCAAUUUGUUGCACGCAAUGCUGCUGAAGUAGAAAACGAUCCUACUUUAGCAACAUUGCCUACAACAUUGCGCGCAAUGUUCCAGCGUGUGUCUGUGCCUUAAGCACAUGUAUGCUAGCCCUUUAUCAAAAAAAAUAUACAUAUAUAUUUAUCACGGAAACGGAGGGCUCGAUAUUAUGACUAUUAUGAUGAAAAAGUCAAAGUCUAAUGCAUUUAGCGUCUUAGUGCUUAAAGAAUAUACAACAAAAUUUCGCAUCUAAGGGUGUAAGAAGGAACAAUUACGUUACAGCAGAUAAAAAGGUCUGUCUUUAGAUUCCCUACUUAUCUUGUGUCAUCUAUCAGUUUAUUAGAGAUGAUAUUGUUGACAACAUCUUAGACCGAGUAUCAGGCUCGUUGAGGGAGGAGUAGGAAAGGGAAAAGGAGAGGCCAGCUUUCUCUCCCCAGGCCACCGCCCCUGGAAGGCCUGAUACUCGGGCUAAGAACAUCAACCUGCAUAAAAAUUGGCCAUACCAAAGUCAUAGUCACAUACUUACCGUGAGUUUUUCGAGCGGGAAUAUACCGAAAUCUGCGCUGCCUUGUAGUCCGUUUCCAUGAAACUGUACAAGGGCAAGCGAGCAUAUCAUUGUAAUCUUCAAAAGGGUAAAAAGUAGGAGUGCGUGCGAAUUUUAAUAAAAUAUAUUCCUCUUGAAA